AUGGCUCCAAUGGCCCCCGGGGCAUGGCCGUUGGUCGGACAUCUACCGUUCUUUGAAAAUUCAAAGCCAACCCACGUUACGUUUGGGGACAUGGCCGAGGUGCUUGGACCGGUGUUCAUGACGAAGCUCGGGUCAUACAACGUGAUGAUCAUAAGCAACCAAGAGGUAACCAAAGAGUGCUUCACCGUCCACGACAAGGUCAUAGACCGAGUAGACCUCACUGCCUCGAAGCUCUUGGGUUAUAAUGGCUCGUUCAUUACGUUUACUCCUUAUGGUCCUUACUGGCAAGAGUUGCGUAAGAUAGCAGCAUCGGAGCUUUUUUCAACCACAACGAUUGAUAAGCUCAAGGAUACUAGAGCAAGAGAGGUUGACGUGACGUUCAAAGACUUUUACGUGAGGUGGGAGCAAGAGGGUAGAGCUAAAAAAGGAGUCUUGGUGGACAUGAAGCGUGAGUUUCAAGAUUUAGCUGCUAAUAUCUCGUUGAUGAUGAUCGCAGGGAAGAGAUAUUUCGGGGCAAGUCCUAACUGCGAAGAGGUACAAGCGAGGAGAUGCGGGAAGCUAAUUCAAGAGUUUUUCGAUUAUUUUGGGCUCUACAUGUUAUCCGAUGUUAUGCCACCUCUUGGUUGGUCGGAAUGGAAGAUCAAGAGGGGUAUGAAGAGAACAGCUACAGAGUUGGAUAAAGUUGUCGAAGCUUGGGUUGAAGAACACAAGAAGAGUAGGAGAGAUCCCAAUGCGAGGUUUGAAAAGGACUAUUUGGAUCUACUCAUUGAAAUCUUUGAAAAACGCGAGAUUUUGGACCGGAGUCAUGAUGCCCAUACUACCAUCAAGGCCCUAUGCCUUAACAUGGUAUUUGCAGGUAGCGAGCCGGUCAUUGUAAUGUUGGUUUGGGCUGUUUCACUGCUCGUCAACAACCCACAUGUGUUGAGGAAAGCUCAAGAGGAGCUUGACCAAAAAAUCGGAAGGGACAAAGUUGUAGAAGAAUCCGACAUCAAAGACUUGGUUUAUCUCCAUGCUGUUGUCAAGGAAACAUUCCGUUUAUAUCCACCACUUCCUCUUGUAGCUUAUCGGUAUGUGAUGGAAGAUUUCGACAUUGCCAAUGGAAACUUUCAUGUUCCCGCAGGGACACAAAUGCUCGUAAAUGAGUGGAAGAUCCAGAGGGAUCCAAAUCUUUGGUCCGACCCGGAACUAUUUGAGCCAGAGAGGUUCUUAACAUCUCAAAAAGAAGAAAAUUUUAAUGGCAGGAAUAAUUACAAGUUGUUUCCAUUCGGUUUAGGACGACGGUCGUGCCCUGCGAUUCCUUUAGGUAUGAGGAUGGUUCACUAUAUUCUGGCUAGGUUCUUGCACAGUUUCGACUUGGCAACACCAUUAAGCCAAGACGUGGACAUGACUGAGAGCAAUGGGUUUGUCAAUCUCAAAGCCACUCCUCUUCAAAUCUUGAUCAAUCCUAGGUUGCAUCAAUCUCUCUACCACGUGGAUCGUAGCGUCUAA